CUCCCCACCCAGCAAAGCUAUUCUUGGCUUCUGGAUCGCAGCCACGCCCCCCAACCGGCAACCCCUGCCUUGCUUUCCUCUUUUACGGUUGUAGCUCCUCUUAUUCUCUUCCCCUUCCGCCCCUCCUUUACUUCUUGUCCUUCAGUAAAUUCUUCUUCAUUGAUCAAUUUUUAGACAUAAAUACGAAAAACCCACAAUUCAAAUUCCCGGAGAAGACAACUACUUCACACAUCUCAUCUGAUUAAACACGACUCCCAAGGUUAAAGGUUCUACAUUUUUUCCAUUUUCAGAUGCGAACUACUUGUUGACAAGUAGCACUUUAAUCUAGUGGAACAUGUCUCUAUCAAGACUUUCUGGAAGAACCAUUUUCUUCCCUGUCCUUGCAUCUUUUUCCAGGAAUUGCACAGGAGCUAUUGGGGAAAGUUAUAAUUUUGUAGGUAUUAGUCAUGCUAGUUAUAGGCAGAGUUUUGGAAUUAAUAAUGUUAGUUGUAGGCUGAGUUUGAAUUGUUUGCUGCCAAGAUAUGAAGUUAGAAGGUUGUUGUUUAGCAAGUGUGGUGGCGUGUCUCCCUUUGGGAAUCAGAAUAUUGGGAGGCCUUACUCUGUACUUAAUUCUCGGCCCUAUGCAACUCAUGCUACGACUGAGCGGAAAUCACAGAAGACGCUCAUGUACUUGACAGGAUUGGUUUUUGCCAUGGUUGGACUGAGUUAUGCUGCUGUUCCUCUUUAUAGGAGAUUUUGUCAAGCCACAGGAUAUGGGGGUACAGUUCAACGCCGUGAGACAGUUGAAGAGAAAAUUGCCCGCCAUGCUAAAGAUGGAACGGUCACUACCAGAGAGAUCGUUGUCCAAUUCAAUGCUGAUGUGGCUGAUGGAAUGCCUUGGAAAUUUGUUCCAACACAAAGAGAGGUAAGAGUCAAGCCAGGGGAGAGUGCCCUUGCUUUUUACACUGCUGAAAAUCGAAGUUCGACUCCAAUAACUGGUGUAUCUACCUAUAAUGUGACUCCCAUGAAGGCUGCAGUUUAUUUCAACAAAAUACAGUGUUUUUGCUUUGAGGAACAGCGGCUCCUUCCUGGGGAACAGAUUGACAUGCCAGUGUUCUUUUACAUUGACCCUGAGUUUGAAACAGAUCCUAGAAUGGAUGGCAUCAACAACUUGAUACUUUCAUACACAUUUUUUAAGGUUCCGGACGAGUAACUGUGGAUUACUUACCCCGAGUUUCUUGGUCAGCAUGACUUCCUUUUUCUUCGUUAACGUGGUGAUUUUAGCUGCAGUUUUCGUUCCAACCGUGCAAGUUCUGACAUUGAAAGUGCUUCAAUCUUUUAAUUAGUUGGAACUGACAUGUUGAUGGGCACCUUUGAUCUCUUCCCCUAAAAAGUGUGGCCAUUUUCUUCUCUUCUUUUGUUGAGUAGAAAAUUCAAAUUUUGAAUGAAUAAGCAAACCAUUGCACCCAGUAGCUACAAUGUACCAUUUCUGUUUGAGCCAAAGUUGCAGGGUCAUGAUUUCUUCCUGUAAGACUUGGGUUAAAUUGAUCUGCAGAACUUGAGCUUGUUGGUUGCAGUGGGUUGCUUUGCUCCUUCUUGCAUGCUGUGCAAGGAAGGAUAAGGGUUGUUUGAAGGUCUAUUUGAACCAUAAAUGACCGACUUGUACCCCUUGAAUUUAAGGUCACUACAGCUGUGAGGAUCGCUAUCUUCUGAAAUAUCAUUGUGAAAUGUAAUGCUGCCAUUAUGGUAUGGGAAAUGGCAACACCUCUUGCUGGUCCAUUACAAGUUAAUUAAUACUUCA